AUGGAUCUGGUUGUGGUAGCAGCAGAACAGGAAGACACACCAGUGUCCGGUUCUGAUAUCGAUGCGACAUCCAUAGACGGCACUGUAAAGCGCGAAGUAUUUUCACACCCAACUACAUGGAUAUCGCGCUCAGUGGCGACGCCGCUCGGAUCAACCAUGGUGAGUAAUAAUAAUAAGUCAACAAUUAGUCAACCUGCUGCUCAAAUUCCAUUUUCGCGUGUUCUGCCGGGAGAGGAAAGGAUACAUGAGAAUGUCUUUGUUGACAGUCCAAUUGUUGGUCCAUCGGAUCCGUCUGCGACUACGAUAUAUGAAGUCGUGCAAAGAGCUGCAAAACUCACUUCAAACGGUCCUUUUUUGGGAGAAUUGAAGAACGGAGAAUACUCAUGGAGUAGUUAUAAUACUGUACUUUACGAUGCACAAGUGGUUGGGUCAGCAUUGCUGCAUUUUGGUAUCAAACCGGGUGACGACACUAGAGUGGGUAUAGCUGGCAUACACUCUUUACGAUACAUGACAGCUGUGCAUGCUCUCGUCUCCUACAGUAUGGUGCUCGUUCCUUUGUAUCACAAUUCGAGAAUUGAUGCCCUAUGCGACGUAAUCAAUCAGUGCGAACUGGAAGUGAUUUUCUGCGACGAUGAAGCCCGUGCAGAAACUUUCAUCAGCAAGAUGAUCGCCGGGGUGAUAAAGGCACCAAAAAAGUUGAUUAUCCUUAAAACAACCAACAAGCAACCGAAUGGUGCCCAUGCUACAGUACCGGACUUGGAGCUCUACUCUUAUGAUUAUGUUUAUACUCUUGGUGAGCAACACUUGGCGCCUAUUGUUCCACCGUCUCCAGACUCCACUUACAUCAUAUGCUUUACCAGUGGGACCACAGGCCAACCAAAAGGAGUGGUACUGUCACAUCGUUGCUUGCUGGCUGCAGUCAUCGGCAUUCACAUCCAAUUCACCUCACCACCCAAUAACCUUAGCUUCGGAAAAGAUGACGUCUAUUUCAGUUUUCUCUCAUUGGCUCAUAUUUACGAACAUCUCAUGCAGACCUUCACGAUCUACGCCGGCGGUCGAAUCGGUAUCUAUAGUGGAGAAGUGUCUCGACUGUUAACUGACAUUCAGAUCUUGCGUCCGACCAUCAUCAGUCUAGUUCCACGCCUGCUGAACAAGUUUCAUGAUCACAUCCAUGCCCAAAUUGCAAAGAAAAAUGUUUUAGUGAGAAAAUUGUUCGAGUACGGAAAAGAGGCAAAAUUGAGGAUGUUGCACAAAGGAAUUCAGCAAUAUGACAUAAUUUGGGACAAACUUGUAUUUGGCAAGAUGAGUCAAGUUCUUGGUGGUCGCGUUCGGAUGCUGACGACCGGAGGUGCCCCGGUAAUUCCAGCAGUGAUGGAUUUUACCCGAAUAGCAUAUGGAUGCCCUCUAGUUGAGGGAUAUGGGCAAACCGAAUGUGCUGCAGCUGGUACACUAAGUAUGCCAUGUGACACUUCAAACGGCCACGUCGGAGGACCUUCACCAUGGGCCCAAGUGAAGUUAGUCGAUGUUCCGGAUCUGGGCUACUACUCAGCGAACAACAAGGGCGAAGUAUGCUUUCGCGGAGCGGCUGUAAUGAAAGGAUAUUACAAGGAUGACGAGCUAUCCAGCAGAACCAUUGAUUCUGAAGGUUGGCUGCAUACCGGUGACAUCGGCGAAUGGUUACCGAAUGGUGCGCUGAAGAUAAUCGACAGAAAAAACGCUCUUUUCAAACUUGCGCAGGGUGAUUUUGUGUCACCAGAACAAAUCGAGACUAUUUACCUCAAUUCUCAACUAGUCGUGCAGAUAUUUGUCACUGGAGUGACCACUCGUUCAUUUUUAGUCGCCGUUGCAGUGGCAAAUAUUGCAAAUCUUCGAGAAGCACUUGAAUCAAGGAGUGAUUUGAUUCGAUACGCUGAGCUUCCCUCGGAAAAAAUGCUAAACGAAUCUGAAGUACAAAGAUUUGUGCUUCAAGAACUCAACCGAACCGGGAGGGAGAAAGGACUGCGAUCAAUCGAACUAGUCAAAAGCAUAUACCUCAUUUCAGAGGAGCUAACACCGGAGAAUGGUUUAGUCACGCCAACAUUGAAACUCCGGCGACACCUUCUAAAAGAAAAGUUUUCUAAACAGAUAGAGCGAAUGUUUGCUGAGGAGACAGCUUUAUGAUAUAUGCAUAAUAUUCGAUAAUUCCUGACAGCCUUUUAGCGUAAUUGCGGAUGUAUAAUACAGUUUUCUUGAUUA